AUGGUUUACACAGGAAUGCCCUGUGGCUUCCAGAAACGGGAUUUCCCAACCACCAAAGCACAGCGCAAGGUUCCCUUGCCUGUGCCACCAGCUUUCAUCCUGACGGGAAUGGGCAGACUCCUGCGCUCACCGGGCGCCAAUCUCGGGGCGGGGCGCCUGGCCCGCCAAGGCUCCGACCUGCGUCCGGGAACUGGUUGGGUUUGGUUUGGUUUUGUUUCUAAAUCUCCGGGUGACGAUUCUGGAAAUCUCAACUUUAAGAUCGCGGGCGCCAGAGCGAACCCCGACUUUCCUGAAAGGACUCUGGACGUCCUUUCCGCGGAGGGAGCACCGCGCACCCGCAGGGGCGCGACCCCACCGCACGCGAUCCGCGGGCGCCCGGCCCACUCGGGGCGCAAGAGCGGAACCCCGCCUGUCCCGCGGCCGAGACAGCGCUGGGGGCUGGAAACCGGCCCGCGAGAGAGUUCCAGCCGGAGCCCUGCGCCCUCCGCCCGGUCUCGCACCCCGGGACCCGCCUGGUUCGUGGGCCGCCGCGACCGGCACGAUGCCCGGGACUCCCGGCCUCAACUGCGCCCGAAUCCCGGGCAGGUGCUCGCGCCGCAGGGACCCGCGCUCCCGGCCCGGGGGCCCCCGCCGCCCCCAUUAGCGUCCAGCUGCUCGCCGUACUCACCGCCGCUCGCGCCGCCAGUCGAGCCGGGAGGUCUGAGCCCGCAGCGCGGGCGGCGGGAGGCUGGACUCGCCGGGGCGGAGCUGCUGCCGGGGCUUCCGGAUCCUCCCCGCCUCCGCGCGCUGCCGACUUCACAGCUAUGCUCUAACCCGCAAGGGCCCAGAACAAGAUCUGGGAAGUAGACACACACGCCAAUACCGUGGAACCACAGGGACUGGACAGAAAGGGAGAGACUUCCUCUGGGUGAGAGUUCCUCACUCUACUUUAAAAACGACAGCAGCCUGAGGAGAAGGCAUGUUGCCUAAAAAAAAUACAGAAUAUGAUACAUUUUGUUUAAAAGAAAAAUACACACACACCUGGAAAGAAGUCUUCAUACUUUUUCAAGGAUACAGCACACUAUAAAAAGUUGUCUCUGAGUGAUAAAAAGUAGGAUUUUUUUCUCCUUUUGCUACUCUCCAUUAUCUAACAUUUCAAGAGUAAAUACAAAUUGCUUUAAAAAAAACUAAUUUUCAAAAAAGGAAUUCGGUUUCCAGAAAUAGCCUCCACUGACUGGUCUGUGUUAUUCAUAAUAAUGAAUUCUGGUAACUAAUGUUUCCAUAACACCUCUUCCAUUUCCAAAACACAUUUCCCACGCACAUCACGCAAUUCAUCCUCGCAAAAGCAGACAUUCUGACUGGCAAGUUAUGCAGAUGGAGAUACUGAGG